AUGACUCUUGGUGGUAGUUAUGAUAUGGCUGGUGUUUGGAGACCUGAUCUUGGUUCAGGUACAGCUACAGUUUAUUUCGAUAAACUAAAUCCUUAUAACCAAUCACUUUAUUCAAAUUAUUAUGGAUCAUAUGGAGAUCUUUUAGAAUAUGAGCAUGCUUUAAGAUUAGCUCGUGAUUUAUCCGAAGACGAAAGAUUAAGUAGGUGGCAACAAAGAUUAGCCUUUGAGGAAUUAGAACAUGAACAAAGGAUGCGUAGAUACGAAAGAAUGAGUGAAAUCGAACGUCAAAGACUCGGUCUGGUUGGACGCUCUUGGUGGGCAGGUCGAUAUGGAGUAGGUCAUCAUCGAAAUGGAGGAUGGAGAGAAAGGUUUGGAGAUAGAUUAACAACUUGGACAUCAGAUCGAUUACCACUUUCGUCUACUCUCGGUCAUCGAUAUGGAUCAAUGAGAGGAUUGAAUGAUAGUUUAAGAAGAGCAAACCACAGAGUAGAAGAAAGUUUAUAUAGAGCUCAAGAUGAGAUUGAUAAAGCUUUCUAUGUUGCUCAAGAAGAUGAAUUAUUUGAUGCGAUGAGACGACAAGAUCGAGAACGUGAACGUGGUCGAGAAGUUGAAGAGGAAUUAUAUGAUAUGGUUGAGGAACAAAGAUUAGAAAGGAUGAGGGAAGAGGACCGAUUAGAACGUCAAGCAUAUGAAGCGAGAUAUAUUGAAGAACGUUUAGAUGAUCAGAUUUUAGAAAACCGAGUAUUAGAAGAUCGACUUUAUGAUGAUGAGGAUCGAUUAUAUAAUGCAUCAGAUUCUAGGUAUCGUGAAGCAGAAUUAGAUUGUUAUGAAAGGGAACAUUUGGUUAAAUCUUCGAUUACAUCCGGUCUCAAUGCACAAUCCUGA